CCCGCUCUCUCCUCGUCACUGCUGCAGCUGGUUAUUUCACGUAUAGUACUAUAGUAGCUAGGUAGCAGUUGUCGUCAUCAUCGUCUGGGAUAGGGAGACACGGGGGGUUCUCGCAUCUUCCCGAGGAGAAAGCCACAGCUGCUUCGGGAGAGAGAGACACAUGCCAAAGGUUACACAGUGAGCGCGCGUGUGUCCUUCCUACCCUAGAAAUGUCAGCCGUUGACGACGUCUUUGAUAGCUGGGAGGAGAUGGAAGAGUCAGGGGCCCUAGAUAGAAAGCUCAAGGCCCUCGAGGUGAACGGCGAGGACGGACUCGAGGACGACAGAGCCCGCAACGAAACAACGAGGAUAAUCAUACUCGGCAACGAGAGGAUGCGAACGCAAUAUGCGCCCAAGCCCGCGGUCAAAAUACUCAAGAGGCCUGACAGAAAUUCACAGAGCGAAGGCCAGCUGCUCAAUGGUGACAAGCCAAAACAGCCUAUUAAGUCUCUAAAACAGAGGGAACAGGAAUACGCAGAAGCUAGGAAGCGAAUAUUAGGGGAGGAAAAGAGCCCAGAAGAAAUUAAACUGGUGUCAGAGGUCAACAGGAUACAGAGUAAAACGUUAAUACCUGGGACGAGCAAUUUAGCGAUAAACGUGACGAGGAUGCCCAUAGGGCCAGAUGGAACCAAAGGAUUUAAUGUGCGCAGAUAGCGUGUAUCUGUACAAUAUAGUGCUCGACUGAGAUCAUCAGCCCUGUCAUUCGUUGUGCUGCUGUCUUAAUUUUUCUCUUAUCCCUGAGUGUGUUAAGGGAAAGGAAGGAACGGCUAUGAGGCCUACAGUAGCGAUUGCAACGUUAUGACAAUGAUGAUUGCUUGCCCAUUGGUACCAUACAUUGUGGCAG